UUAUUACUUUCUGGGCAUCACAUUUAUUUCCAUAACCAGCUCUCUCUCUCUCUCUCUCUCUCUCUCCCCGUGUAAAUUUGACUUGCAGGUUUUCUUUUGCAGUGAAAUUGAAAUCUCCAUCACACCCUCAACCUAAAAACCUCAAACAAAAUUUUGGGUGAGAGAUGGGAGUCUUGGCACCAUACCCUUAAGCCAAACUACAAUCUUGGUGAGUUUUCCCUCACUUUCCCGAGAAAAUAUGCUGAGUUUUCUUUCUCCAUCCCAGCAACCAUAUUUCUCCUCUCUGCCGCCACCACCUCCUCCUUCCUCUGGCGGCUUCAAUUUGGACACAAAAGUGAGCCCAAGCAUCCUCCUCAUCAUCAUAAUCCUCGCCAUCAUCUUCUUCAUCUCCGGUUUGCUCCACCUCCUCGUCCGAAUCUUACUGAAACCUCCGAGCCGAGACCCUGACGAUUUGGACAAUGUCACGGCCCUGCAAGGCCAGCUGCAGCAGCUCUUCCACCUCCACGACGCUGGUGUUGACCAGUCCUUCAUCGAUACACUACCCAUCUUCAACUACAAAGCCAUCAUCGGCGUCAAAAACCCCUUCGAUUGCGCCGUUUGUUUGUGCGAAUUCGAGCCCGACGACAAGCUCCGAUUGCUGCCCAAAUGUAGCCACGCCUUCCACAUGGAGUGCAUCGACACCUGGCUCUUGUCCCACUCCACUUGCCCCCUUUGCCGCGCCAGCCUCCUCGCCGACUUCAACAGCCAUGGCUGCUCCCCAAUCGUCCUGGUUCUCGAAUCCGGCGGCGACAGUUCUAGAGAAAUUGUUUCAGAUUCAAACACCCAUUUGAGUUCACGUUUCAGGGAUGGAUUUUCAGGCGAAAUACAGGCCAAGGAGGAUCCGGAUCAGCCGCCGCCGUCGGCUGGAGAUGAAAAAGUUGUGCUUGUUAAGCUCGGGAAGUUUCGAAACGUGGACGGUGAAGGCGAAGGUAGUAGUAACAAUAACAUAGACGAGAGAAGGUGUUUUUCGAUGGGGUCUUUUGCGUAUAUAGUGGAUGAGAAUUCAUCGUUGCAAGUUCCCAUUAGAACCCCAAUGAAGAAGCAAUCGAGCAAGAAGAAGGCUUCUCUGCCAUUAACGCCUGGUCACCGGCCGGCAAUGUCUGAAUGCGACUGUGAUUCAAGAAGAGGGUUCAGUGGUUUUGAGCCAUUGAAGAGUAUUGACGGAGUUGGUGCUAAGGGAGAGAGCUUCUCAGUGUCCAAGAUUUGGCUUCGGGGGAGGAAGGAGAAGCCUAAUCCGGCGGCCGUCGAGUCGUCGAGAAGGGCGGUUUCUUUCCGGUUUCCGGUGCACUGGAAUGCGGCUUCCGGCGAGGAGUUGAAGGGUAAAAACGGUGGGAAUGGAACCAGGAGAGCUGUCUCUGAGAUCGACUUCGGGAAAUGGGAAAAUGGAGGAGGGAGUGACUUGGGUUUUGAUGAAGAAAACCAGAGCCGCAACAGCUUGGAUUCUCAGGCAAAUCCGCCAUCUUUUGCGAGGAGAACUCUGCUCUGGCUCGUGGGGAAACAGAACCAGAACAAGGUCAAAUUGGUAGUUGGGUAACAGAGAAGGAAAAAGAUUACGAGUCUGAACCAUGAACAGAGAUCUGAAUACAAAAAUCUGUGCUUUGCACUUGGAGUU